AUGGAAGUGAAAGGUGCAUUUGCAUUAGGAGGUGAAGUGAGGCGACUUCAAAUUAUCUACUUCCUCAGUCAUCGAAUGGGUCGCGUCGAUCAUCCCCAUCUCAUUCGAGUACACCAUCUUACCCGCACCGGCGUCUAUCUGCGAGACGUUAAGAGGUGGCUUUCGGAUUUGCGAGGAAAGGACAUGCCAGAGGCCUUCGCUUGGUCUUACAAGAGGAGGUACAAGACGGGUUAUGUUUGGCAAGACUUGCUGGACGACGACCUCAUCACACCAAUCUCUGACAAUGAAUAUGUCCUCAAGGGAUCCGAGAUCAUCUAUUCCGCUUUUGAUAGUCCUCCGAAAUCAUAUGCCGAAAAGGGAAGUUGCUUGUUCAAAGAGCAGCCCGUUAAGGAUGAGGUUCAGCCACCUACACUUUCUAAACAAGAGGCCUUUCAUUUACACAAACAUUCCAAGAAUGAUAUAGAUAUCCAAACAAAAGUAUCCUCUGAAAUCAGCGACGAAUCACCUCAUGUGGGCUCAGAGAGGUCUACUUCGACCUAUGAAUUUGAUGCAAUGCAACCCCAAGCAGAUGAGAACCACUCAGCUGACACACUCAACCCCAACUCCAACUAUCAACAGAGCAACAAGUCAGAAAACUCUUCUUUCUAUUCCAAGUUUUUAUUGAAGAAGAAGAAGAACAAGUACAAGGACAAAGAAAUGGCUCCAUCUUUUUCUUCUUCUCCCUCUUCUUCGCAUUCAUCGUCUCUUCAAUCACCUGCCGCACACAGUAGUAAGAGCAAUUCAAAAGGCAUGUUCCGCAAUUUGAUCACUUGUGGUGCUGUCGACACAAAUGACGCCGUAUUAGUCAUGUUGAAUCGGGCCAAUAAAACAACUUCUUCCGACAAGUCUACCAGAUGGAGCAGCCAAGACAUUAUCAAGGCUGAUCGUAUUUGUAAAGCAGAUCACAAGAGGAGGAGUGGGUCUGCUGGAGUUUUUGGGACUUGUUGGAAUUCGCAGGGGCAGCCGCAGCAACCCCAAAAGCAUACUAGUACUGCUACUAGGAAAAGCUACGAUGGAGAAAAGGGUUCAAACAAGCAGCAAAAGGAGCCCGAGUUUAGUAGCCAAAAAGUGGCUUCAGCAGCUUACAGGCCCGUCGGUGGGCCGCAUUGCUCGUAA